UUCCUACCUUCUUCGCUUUUAGGGUUCAUGCGUGACUGCUUCAAGUUGUUCUGUCGUUGAAAGUUGAAACCACAAAACAUGAACCUUUGCGCGUCUUCCUUCAAAUUCAACCUCCCCGGCUGCCGGCACUGCUUGCGCUUGUCAAAACCCCUAAUCUCUGCGUCUUUGACGGUGUCUCUGUUCUCCCAUCAGAAUCCUUCUUCGUCCACCGCAAUGGCAGCUUCCAUCACCACUGACACUUCGAAGCCCAAACAGAUGGACCCUUGGCUUAUCGUCGGCCUCGGCAAUCCCGGCAAGAAGUAUUCUGCCACCCGCCACAAUGUUGGUUUUGAGAUGGUUGAUACUAUUGCCGAAGCUGAGGGGAUACCUAUGAGCAGCGUUUCCUUCAAAGCCUCCUUUGGAAAAGGUUUUAUAGGUGAUGUACCAGUUAUACUUGCAAAACCACAAACUUUUAUGAAUGCAAGUGGGGAAUCUGUUGGGGCCAUAGUUUCGUAUUUCAAGAUUCCAUUGAAGCAAGUAGUUGUGAUCUUUGAUGACAUGGAUUUGCCUUUUGCUAAAUUGCGGCUGCUACCAAAGGGUGGACAUGGAGGUCACAACGGAAUGAAAAGUAUAAUUAAUCACUUUAAAGGGAACACUGGUUUUCCCCGCUUAAGAAUCGGCAUUGGACGGCCUCCUGGGAAAAUGGAUCCUGCAGCAUUUGUUCUUCGCCCUUUCACUAAGCAGGAAAGAGAAGAGUUGGACUUUACAUUACAAGAUGGAUUAGAAGCAAUGCGGAUUCUUUUGCUAGAGGGAUUUGAUAAAAGUGCAACGUUUGUUAAUAGUGCCAAAAAGAUAGAGCAAAUGGGUUGAGUGAUUGCUGAAUCUAAAAAUCAUUUUGGCAAGUUGAAACAGACAGAAGCAUGUGGCUACAAUAUACAAUGUUUAAGCAAGUAUUCAUCCAUUCUUUCGUAAGUAUGCUUCUGUUACAUUUGG